CACUUCUUUAAAGAAUCCCCACAAAAUUUUAUCCCCAGUAAUGAGGGAUACAAACAAAAAGCCAUAAAAAUAACCCUGUUGUGUUGGUUAAAUUUUUCCCCCUUACUUCUUCUAAGCCUCAGACAACCCCAAGCUGUGCGCUACAAUGGACUUCUCAGACUAGUGAACUCUUCAACAACAACAAACCCGUGCGUUCACAGUUCUCGCCCCUUACCUCGCUACCUAACUAAAACAUUGAGGUGAUUUUCACGUGGGAUUUUAGUGUUCGUUUAUUUUUGUCGUUACGUUCGCUUCACCGGACUGGAUUAAGGGGAUUUAGGAAAGUGUGUAAUUAUUUCUAAUCGAAGAUAUAAUGGUGACCGGAUCCAAAUCCAAACCUUUCAAGGGCCAGCACUUUGCCAAGCUGCGCAGACGAUGUUUGAGCAAGCGGAAGUUGUUUGUGGAUGGGGAAUUCCCACCAACCGGCUCGUCUUUGUUCUUCAGUCGACCCGCACCUGCAGACAUCGUCUGGAAACGGCCAAAGGAUAUUGUAAGCGAUCCAAAAUUUUUCAUCGAUACAGCAAGUGCUGAAGAUUUCUCCCAAGGUAGUCUCGGCAAUUGUUGGUUUGUGGCAUCUUGCGCUUGUAUCGCAGAGGACAGCUUGUUGUGGAAAAAGGUAGUGCCAGACUACAAAUCCCAGGUGUUUUCGCCCGAUUCUAAAUAUGCAGGCAUCUUCCACUUUAAAUUCUGGCGCUGUGGUACCUGGGUGGACGUCGUCAUCGACGAUUACCUGCCCACGAGAAACGGGCGACUGAUUUUUACUCACUCCCAGUCUAGAGAUGAGUUCUGGUCAGCGCUCUUGGAGAAGGCUUAUGCCAAGCUGUUUGGAUGUUACGAGGCAUUGACCGCAGGUAAAGCCAGGGAUGCUAUGGUGGACAUGACAGGUGGGAUAGGGGAGGGGCUGGAGAUAGAGGACUUCAGAAGUGAGCAGUUGAGGGACAGGCUCUUUGAUAUCCUACACAAAGCUAAGGCGAACCUGUCAUUGAUGUGUGCGAACAUACAGGCUCGGACCAGCGCCGAGAUGGAGACCAAGUUGAGCGUGGGGCUGGUCAGAGGCCACGCCUACAGUAUCACAGACGUGAGGAAGAUCCCCUUGAAGGGGACGGGCCUGUUCAGUCUCUUCAACAGGGAGAAGAUCCACAUGAUCCGUCUCAGGAACCCCUGGGGCGGGGUGGAGUGGAAGGGCGCCUGGAGCGACGGAUCUCCUGAGUGGAAGAAAGUCAGCGAAUCGGAAAAGAAAGAACUUGGGCUGACUUUCGACGAGAACGGUGAAUUUUGGAUGUCGUUUGACGACUUUUGUCGCUACUUCACCAACAUCGACAUCUGCCACAUGAUGAACACCUCUUUCUUCACGCUGAAGAGGUCUUGGAACGAGGUGUCGGCCACAGGGGAGUGGCGGAGGGGAAUCAGGGCCGGGGGGUGCGGCAACCACCCCACAUUCCUAGACAACCCCCAGUACCUGCUAGAGGUAUACAGUGACGAGGAAGAAGUGCUGGUGUCCCUUGAACAAGAAGACAGACGGUCGUCCAACUUUCGUACCAGGGGAGAGAACUACACCAUUGGCUUUACAAUCAUCAAGACUGACCUGAACCGAAAGUACAGAAUGCACGACAGAAUGGACAGAGUGCAUGCCGGUCCCUUCGUGCAAGCCCGCAGCAUCCUGUCUCGUCUGCCGCUCCAGAGAGGGCGCUACUGUCUCAUCCCGUCGACCUUUGACCCGGGACUGGAGAGUCAAUACCUGCUGAGGAUGUACAGCCAAGGGACGUUAGGGUUAAGAGAAUUAAAGAAAGAUGUACCCAGCCCGCCACGGUUCUUUAGAAAACCAAAAGUCGCAGCGACCUCUGUCUGUGUACAUGCUGUGGAGGGCUUCAAGAUGGCUGAUGGUCAAACAGGUAUCGAAGCCUACUGUAUCAUCAAGUGUGAGCAUCAGGAGGUCAGAACACCAACCACAGAGACCAUGAGUAAACCAGAGUGGAAAGACAGGAUCACAUUUUACCGACAGAAACCGACAGAAGAUGUUGUAGUGGAGGUGUGGGACCGAAAUAUGCUCAAAGAUUAUCUAAUCGGCACCUUGACAUUACCCAUGUCAAAAGCCAGUGAAUACACCGGUGGUAACAUCAUACGAAGAUAUGAGCUUGUGAAGAGCAACGCUGAAGGUAAAGACGAACAUAGGGGAUACAUCUGGGUCAAAGUCAAACACACGUUCAACCUCAUGGAGGUGUAAAGCUGCCAGAGUUCAUCUCAGCAACUCAUCAAAACACGAUUUAGUUUUUGUACAGAAAGAUCACUAGAACUCGUCUCAGCUACUCAUCAAAACAUGUUUUAGUUUUUGUACAGAAAUAUCACUCAACCAGCCAUGCUUACAAAUAGAAAACUCAACAAGAAUUUUAAACAAGAUCACAAAACUAGCUCUGUAUACAAACAAAAAACACCCAACAUGACAUGUAUGCAAAAAAUAUCAACCAACAAUACCUGUGUACAAAAAAGACCAAUCAACAAGAUCUAUAUAAAAAAGAUCACUUAACAAGACUUGUACUUGUAUACAAAAAAUCCCUAAACAAAACAUGUAUACCAAAAACGAACACAAAAUUUAUCGUAUGACUGCAAACUUACCAAUUGUUGAAUUACAAACGUCAUAUCAAUCCAGGAAGACAAAAAAACAACCAAAGAUCUCGUUUGUUAUAUGUAUCUGCAAUCUACUCUAACCAUAGACAUGUCUUUAUCUUUUAACUAACCACAGAAGCAUUUAUUCGCAAUGUAUUUCUCGCAUUUAUUUUUGUAUUAUAGUUCCAUUAUGUAGGUGCUCAGUAUCGCUGUAAAUAAAAAUCUUAACAUAUACAUAACGAUCUUUACAUUAUAUUUCAUAUUUCGUUAAUCAGUACUCAAGCUUUAAAUCGUUGCAUUAACUAAAAAUAAACUAGAAGAAUGUUGUUCAAUAUGUUAUAUUUAUAGCGGUAGUCCUGACGUUGAAGUGAUGAAGUGGUAACCAAAGACACGUUUCAUUGAAAUAUUUGUGAGCAAACAUGGGUAGUUGUUAAUUUGUAAAAAUGUAAUGGAAUAACUAUUUUAACAUGGGUGUUUGUUAUUAUUGAAAUGUAGCGAGAUAUGAAUGUUAACUUAGGCCGUGUUUCACUAAAAUAAAGUUGUAACUGCAGAAAAAAAAAUCAAUUUUGUUGAUUCUUUAUAUUUCAAGAUAGAAAACAAACGAACAUACUUUGUAUAUGCAACUGUAUUUACUUUGAUCUAACCUACACAAACAUCUACCUGUACUGGAAAAUUAACAGUAACUGCUGCUUAUAUGUCUUUAGUUCCUCUUUAUGCACGGAUUAAUAAACAGAUGUAUAAUACAUGUAUUAAAUAUAUAUUUGAUACCUGGUCG